UCGUGGCGCGGCCCCAUGCGGCGGGGCGCGGGGGCGGUGGCGGCGCUGCUGUGCCUGGGGGCCGCCUGCCUUCUGGGCCGCGGGUUCGAUCCCCGCGCCUGGCUGCCGCUGCCCCGCGGCCGCCUGCUGAGCAGCGCUGAGCUGGCCCGGUACCGCGGGGCGCCGGGCGAGCCCGGCCUCUACCUCGCCGUGUUGGGCCGUGUCUUCGAUGUGGAGCGCGGCCGCAGACAUUAUGGCCCCGGAGGUGCCUACAGUGGCCUCGCAGGGAGAGAUGCCACCAGAGCAUUUGCCACCGGCGACUUCACUGCGGCGGGGCUGGUGGAUGAUGUCUCAGCGCUGUCACCAGGCCAGCUGCUGGCCAUCCAGAGCUGGCUGGCCUUCUACAGCGAGCACUACGAGCCCGUGGGGAAGCUGGUGGGCAGGUUCUAUGAUGAAUAUGGGGCGCCAACAGAAGCUUUAAGGCAGGCUGAGGCUGCCAUUGAGGAAGCUCUGAAGUUGCAAGCAGAAAGCGAGCAGAGGAAGCAGCAGUUUCCACCCUGCAACUCAGAAUGGAGCUCUGCUGCGGGCAGCCGGUUCUGGUGCUCCAAACAGAGUGGGGGAGUGAGCAGAGACUGGACCGGAGUCCCUCGGAAGCUGUUCCACCCGGGGUCCAAAGGCAGCCGCUGCGUGUGUGUGAGGACAACUGGUCCCCCGUGGGGGCAGCCGGACUCCACCAAGCACCGCAACAGAGGCGACCUGGAUAACCCUCACUUGCAGGAAUACAGCGGCUGCCCUCCGCUAGCAGAGCAGUGUGUCCUGAAGGAGUGACUCCCAGGGCUGGAUUCGAGGCCGCUGUUAAGAGCCCUGCAG